UUUGAUUUCGCCUUGAAGACGUCUCAACCUAUAAAACAAACACAAUUUCUGUCUUUCUAUUCAAAAUACAGGAAGAUGGGAGAUUGUAGGCCAUUGGGUUUCUUGCUGGGUCUGCCUUUUGCUUUGCUUGCAUUGAUUUUAUCUCUGGUUGGAGCUGUGGUAUGGAUCAUUGGAACUGUGUUGAGUUGCUUGUGCCCAUGCUGCAUUUGUUUUGCAUCACUUGCGAACUUCGCGAUGGAUCUCGUGAAGCUUCCUGUCAAAACAAUGAGAUGUUUCAUUCGUCAGAUUCCUUGUUGAUUGAUUGCUUGUUCUGUUGUAAUACAAUUUGAUUGUGUAAUUACUUUUAGAUUUUGAGGAUUAUUUUGGGUGACGUGAAAGUUAUGAUUCGGAGCGGGGAUGUGUGUUUGAUCUGCAAUUAAUCACGUUAUUGUAAUUGAUUUGAGUUUAAAUUUAGAAUGAUAACACUUUACAAAGCAA